AUGGAAAGAUCAGAUGUUUAUAAUAAAUAUUUUUGCAAGUAUCCAGUUAUCUUCCUAUCUCUCAAGGGCAAUAAUGAAAAUUUGGAGAAGGCCCUUCUUGUUGGUGUUUCUCGCGUUGCUAAGUCAGGAUAUUUAUCAGAGCUUAAUAAUUUGAAAGUAUUCCCAAUGCACCAUGAAGUAUUUGCAAAUUAUUUUGGAUUCACUGAAAAUGAAAUCUUUAUGCUUCUUCAACAUAAUGGUAAGGAAAAUCAGUUAGAUGAUGUCAGGCAAUGGUACAAUGGAUACCGAGCUGAAAAUAGUCUUAAUUUGUACAACCUAUGGUCAAUAAAUUCUUUUAUUAAUGAAGGAAAUUUGAAGGCACAUUGGAUUGAUACAGGAGAUACUAAAACGAUUAAGGAUUUGCUUUGGAACUCAACUGAAGAUUUUAAAAAUAAUACAUCAAUGUUACUCAAGGGUUAUGCAAUCAAUGUAAGGAUUAUGGAAGAUAUGGACUAUAAUAUGCUAGCUCAAAAAUCAAAUAUAGACAAUGUACUUUGGACCUUACUCUACUAUGCGGGUUAUCUUACCAAAGAUAAAAAUGACAAUCUAUGCAUUCCAAACAUGGAAGUUUCUACAGAAUAGCAGGAAUGACUGACAAAUUGCAAUUCAUUUGAAUUGGAUUCAAUGCUAA